GUCCUCUGACUACAAACAAGCGAACAUGGCUAACAGUAAAACAACGUUUGUAAUCUUCGGUGGAUUUGUAACAGCAGUAGUAGCAGCUUUUUAUCCCAUAUUCUUCCAUCCUCUCACUCACGCAGAUGAAUACAAACGAAUCCAAAGCGCGAAUAGAUCAGAAAUCAAUCAAGCAGAUGUCCAGCCUGUUGGUGUGAAGAUUUGGUCUGAUCCGUUUAAACCGAAGUCAUGAUGUGAUUCUUGGGUGAAAGAAGAGCACGAAGAAUUCAGAUGUUUGGCACAGAUUCAAGACUGACAGACUGUGACUUUACACACAUAUUGUGGGAGUCAAUGGCUAGUCAAGUUUAAGCUUGUAACAGAAAAUCCUUUACUGCAUUUUAGUCAUUUAUUGUCUGAUUCAGCUUUUAUGCUUGUUAUCUGAGAAAGGGGAAAAAAAUAAAUAAAUACAGUGCCUGGAUUGGUGACCAGCUGUUGUAUGGAAUGCCAUUUAUUAAAUAUUUGAUCCAGUAAAGUAUGUGUAAAUUAAAAUGUAUCUCAAUUACUUGCUAAAUGGUAGUUGUAUAAUAGGCACUCUUGGUUAAGGUGUGUAAAAUGGUAAAUAAAUGUCUUUUUAAAAUGUG